GCGAUGGCCCAGUGCUGAGCGCCCCGCCAUGGCCGGCGCCCCGGGGCCGCUCCGCCUGGCGCUGCUGCUGCUCGGGGCGGUGGGCAGGGCCGGCCCCCGCCCCCAGGGCGCCACCGUGUCCCUCUCGGAGACCGUGCAGAAAUGGCGAGAGUACCGUCGCCAGUGCCAGCGCUUCCUGACCGAGGCCCCGCCCCCGGCCGCAGACCUCUUCUGCAACCGGACCUUCGAUGACUAUGCCUGCUGGCCGGAUGGGUCACCAGGCUCCUUUGUGAAUGUCAGCUGCCCCUGGUACCUACCCUGGGCCAGCAGCGUGCUGCAGGGUCACGUCUACCGGUUCUGCACCGCAGACGGCCUAUGGCUGCACAAGGACAACUCAAGCCUGCCCUGGAGGGACCUGUCCGAGUGUGAGGAUUCCAAGCGAGGGGACCGUAGUUCUCCGGAGCGACAGCUCCUGUCUCUUUACGUCGUCUACACAGUGGGCUACGCGCUCUCCUUCUCUGCGCUGGUCAUCGCCUCGGCCAUCCUCCUGGGCUUCAGACACCUGCACUGUACCCGGAACUACAUCCAUCUGAACCUCUUUGCAUCCUUCAUCCUCCGAGCACUGUCCGUCUUCAUCAAGGACGCGGUCCUCAAGUGGAUGUACAGCACGGCCGCCCAGCAGCAUCAGUGGGACGGGCUCCUCUCCUACCAGGAGUCUCUGGGCUGUCGCCUGGUGUUCCUGCUCAUGCAGUACUGCGUGGCGGCCAACUACUACUGGCUCCUGGUGGAGGGAGUGUACCUGUACACGCUGCUGGCCCUGUCCGUCUUCUCCGAGCAACGCGUCUUCAGGCUCUACCUGAGCAUUGGCUGGGGUGUUCCCCUGCUGUUUGUCAUCCCCUGGGGCAUCGUCAAGUACCUCUAUGAGGAUGAGGGCUGUUGGACCAGGAACUCCAACAUGAAUUACUGGCUCAUAAUCCGGCUGCCCAUCCUCUUCGCCAUCGGGGUGAACUUCCUCAUCUUUGUCCGGGUCAUCUGCAUUGUGGUGUCCAAACUGCAGGCCAACCUCAUGUGCAAGACAGACACCAAGUGCAGGCUCGCUAAGUCCACGCUGACACUCAUCCCCCUGCUGGGGACGCAUGAGGUCAUCUUCGCCUUCGUGAUGGACGAGCACGCCCGGGGAGUGCUGCGCUUCGUCAAGCUGUUCACGGAGCUCUCCUUCACCUCCUUCCAGGGGCUAAUGGUGGCCAUCCUGUACUGCUUUGUCAACAACGAGGUCCAGAUGGAGUUCCGGAAGAGCUGGGAGCGCUGGCGGCUGGAGCACCUGCACGUCCAGAGGGAGAACAGCAUGAAGCCCUUCAAGUGUCCCACCAGCAGCCUGAGCUGUGGGGCCACAGCAGGCAGCAGCGUGUACGCAGCCUCCUGCCAGACCUCCUGCAGCUGAGACUCGGGCGCCUCCCUCCAUGUGGCUCACUGCCGGCCUGGGUGGCCACCCCAGGUGGAAGAGACCCUCCCAGGGACUGGGGGGCAGGGGGCCGGGGGAACACCACAGGCACACACGCUCCUUCCCUGCGUUCCCGUCCCAAGCACAUCAGACAGGCAAAUGGGCAGUGCCUCCUGGGACCUGAGGACACAUUUUAUUCCGAGGAGGAGCAACCUGUUAAUUUGAUCACUGUGGCGGGUGAAGAGGAAAAAGCAGUUGCUGCUAAAACGAGGAGGAUUUCUUCUCGUUAAGCCACAAGGCCCCUGGGGUUCCCCCAGACAGAGCAGAACAUCAGCCCCAGACUCAAACUCAAGGUCAAUGGCUUAUUAGUGGCCUUGUAAGAGGACAUGGUUCUGCAAGAGGCGGAUACGACUUCAGCUAAACACGGAGCUCGGGUAACGCCAGCCGACUCUGCCUGCCUCCGGUUGGCAUCACCAUCCCUGCCUGCCUCCUCUUUAGGGGACGCUGGGCACAGGCUUGUUUCCCCUCCUCUGGCCCCUCAUCUCACUGCCCACCCUCCAGCAGCGAUUUCUAGAAGUGGUUGUGGGGGUGGUGUUGAGAAUGAACAUUGAGAAGGUGCCUCAGAGUUUCCCCUUUCUGGCCCCCACUGCUUCCUUGGGUGUUUAAGUUGCUUUGGUGCCUGCUCCCAGAGCAGGUUCACUGUGGAGGAGUCCAGCCCUGGGUGGGAGCUCUGACUCGUAUUCUAGAGAUGCUUGAGAAUCCUGUGGGGCUCAUCUAGGGGACUUUAGGAAUGUCCGCGCUGGGAAUGUAGAUUACUCUCUACUGUUGGGAACCCACAGGCGCUGAGAGAGAGACAGCCUGCCCCUCCCCAUAGAAAUAAUUUCUACCUGUGACUGGAUUACUUACCUUGCAUGGGCGUUUGAGUGCGCUGUCUUAACUUUAGCGGAUGUGACCAAAAAGAGACUCUUCCGGGAACUCUACCAGUCCCUACCAUGAUCACGGGGGUGGCCUUCCCCUCCCUUUGGUUACUUCCCUGUGAAAUUCCCCCAACGUGGGAGCUUGUAUAUACUUUGCUCAUUUCUCUGUCUUUGCUGUGAAUAGUUUCUGUCUGUACAAACGUGCAAUUCUGAAUUUUCCCAACUGGUGGAAACAAGCAGUAAAUCACAGUGGUGGUUUUGAUGUUGUUUGGGGUUGUACCGUAGUUAUUAACUUGACUCAUCCGUGCUUUGAGCUACUUAAUGUUCGCCCUGCCUCCAGUCUCAUCCCAUAAAUAAUGAGCCUCAGGGAAGCUUAAACAGGCAAAACCUUUCGAUCUAGCCACGGAGGAAAAGCAGGCAUGUGGCACCACUGCAGAGGCCCAGACAGAAGGGGAACAGCCACGCCACGGAGGGUGGCAGCUGAGUUCACAGGUAGAGGACGCAGAGCAGAAGAGAACCCUUGGGAGUUCACAUCUUCUGGGAGGGCAGAGGGAGAGUCUCCGGAUGAAUUCCUAAGUGAAUUGAUCUUUCCCUCCUCUCUUUGAAUGGCAGGAACCCUCCCCUAAAGCCUUGUGCCAGACACACUCUCCUCUGCCCCUCAGAGAGACACAGGAUGUGCAGGGAAAUAAUAAUGGGACAUAAAACACAUCAAGCAGAAAACCUCUUAUACUUCAGCUUCAGUGGAGUGCUGUGUCUAUGUUAAUAAGGAAGUUGAACCUCAGGCUAAAGAAAGGAUUUGUGCAGGCUGCCUCUUUGAGAAAAUGUGGAGAGCUGGGGGUGGGGACAUUCCUGCCUCCCCAGUCAGGAGGGCAGACAGCCCAAUGGGCAUUGGUUUUCUCUUUGGAGUUGGGGCUAGGGUGAGAAGAGUGCUGGUGGGUUUGAUUGGGUGGGAUCCAGCUCUGGUGCAAGUGUUUCCAUUUUGGGUAAGCUGGAAGAUUUUUGAGAAUCAUUAAUAAACUGUACAACAAUGAAGAGACAGAUUAAUACUAUUAUCAAGAAAUAAAUUUUUGAGGGGAAAGAUUGUGGGGAGAAAGUGUUUAGUUAGGCACUUGGGAAGGAAGCCCAGACAAUUUGGUUUUAUGCUCUAAGUUCUUUUCCCAACGGGUACCGAUUCCUGGUUGCAGAGUGCUCAUCACACCCCCAAUUGCCCCAAGCCUUUUAACAACAAGCAACGUUUUCCUUGUCAGAUACAUACCAGAUACUGAAUUGAAGAAAUAUUUCCUUUGCUCUAAGACCCGCACUAUUAAUAUUCAUUUUAGUGGCAAUGCACUCUUUCCAGAGCUAUUCCCAAACUAAAUAUAGCUCUCUAACAGAUCUGGGAAUUAUUGAAUGCAGUGUGCUCCGAAAUUCCUCUGGCUGUUUACAUGCCUGGUGCCCAAAGUCUGGAGCUUGCCGAGAAAACUUGCUUGCCUCUGUCAUGGGGCAGGGUAAGGUGCUGUGUGUGUGAGCCGUGCAGCCAGGUCUGAUGACUGUCAUGAAUAGGAGCCGAGUUCAGCACUCUGGCCAGCUCCCCCACUGACCUCGUGAGGGGCUUAAACCAUGUCAACUGAUCUUUUUCAUCCGAAUCUUUUUGGGGCAGCUAAACCACAGAACUGACACGAAACCACUUACAUUGCCUUCCCUUUAGAGCAGCUUUCCUGAUUUGCAGGCGUGAUUUGCAGUUGCCUCAAUGCACUUUUAUCCGGGAGAGUACAGCAGUGGAGUUCUCAGAGACUCAGCAGGGAAAGAUCUCGGACAUCUCAUUGCUCUGAUCUGGAAAAUUGAGGAGGGAAGUUCACAGAGGUGAUCUGCCCAAGGUCACAGGGCUAGAUGGUGGCUGAACUAGGAGAGGACCCAGGCUAACUUCUGCCUCCCAGUCCACUGAAGCCUCUGGAAAGGAUAGAUGAAAAAUACAAAUGGCCAUUCAGGACACUCUCGGUGAAAGUUGGCAAUGUUGUGUGGAGUUUCUGUUAAAGAGAAAACACAGCAGCGAAGAGAGACAAGUCAGUCGGCGCAGGUGCCAUUUCAGUGAUUUAUGCCACUGAGAAGAGGGGCGGGUGUGCUUUGCUGUCGUCCCAUGUACCUCAUUCAUCCUUGUGUUCAGAUUAAGAAAUGAAAUGCAUUAGAGCUCAAGUGUACACAGAAGCAGCAAGGAGCCAUUUCGGAUAGCAAAUCCAGCGGUCUUUUGGUGGGUUGGCUUAGUGAUUUUCUGAUGCACCUGUGCUCGUUUGAGAAGUUGUGUGUUCUAAUAGCCCUGCAGAGUGGACUAAAAGAACCUAGAGAAAGACCUAACAACCUGACCCUCAGCAUUGCCUCCCUAGUACUCCCUGAAGUUGGAGAAGACUAGCAAGCCUGGAAAAGAUGGCACAGCCGCCACCGAGGGCAAAUAGAGUCAGUUCACAUCCAGGUGCCCAAAGGCUUGGCCCCCGUAUCUGUGUGGGCCACGUUUCAGCAGCUCCUGUCCCCACUUCUUCCUCUGUUUCUUCUAGAAGAAGACUGUGCGUGUGUGUGUGUGUGUGUGUGUGUGUGUGUAUUUUUUCCUGUGCAUAGCAGUAUAAAGUUAGAGAUGAAUCCAGAGUAAUUCCCCCUCCCCACUGUGAAGGUCAGGGGACUGCACAGCAGCGGGGUGAGAAUGGUGGGAGACUGAGCUAGAUGCUUUCUCUCCAUGCACAGACAGAGCUCCCAUUACUGCUAAUGCCUGCGACGUGCCCAGGGAAGACAAGAUGCACUCCAAAGGUUUAUUUUCCCUCUACUGAAUUGAUUCUAAUCCACAGUGCUGACCCUGCUUUUGGCUCCAAAACCUAUAAAAGACAUGUCGGCUCCCUCCGCUAAGACAGCUAUGUGAAUGACAUCCUAAAUACACAACAGAAACCAAAUUAGAAUCAAUUCUUUUUUUUUUUUUUUUUCCUUUUCUUGGCUGCAGCAAGUUUUCUUGGGGGAAAACAUGACCCAAUGUGAGAAACUUCUGCAGAUAGCAUCACCAUGCCCCUGUGGUAUUAUCUGCUGACUCAAACCAGCUCUCCGGCCCCCACGCUGCGGGCUGUAUCAAGGAAGCGUUGUUAAGCAGUAUAAUUUGAAACACUUAACGCCACAGUGUAUCCACGGUAUCUAUAAUUACUUCUGCUCUGUCUGUGGAUACAGAUUGGCAGGAAGCAGAUAAGUAUAAUUGUUUUCCAAUUAACUCUCAAAGUCUUUUGGACUUGGCCUGUAUCUGAGUCUAUCUGAGGAGUGAAUUUUCCCUCUUCCCCUUCUGCCAUUCUAGCCGGUUUUUUGGGAUCUCAGCCAGCAAGGGAACAUUCUCCCCUUAAAGCAUCCGACCUCUUCCCCAGCGCAACAUUUACCCCCUCUCACCUCCCGUCCCUGCAGUGGGCUUCCCACGCUUCUCCCUGGCUGCAUCAGCAAGAGGUGAGCCCACCGGUAAGAGGUGAGCCCACCAGCUGUGCUAGGAGUGCCAUGCUCUUGACUGUGACCAAUUUCAGGGUACAGCUAGAAGGGAGGCGCAGUCAGGGCUGAAGUCACAUACCACAUCUUGCACUGUAGUACAGUGAGGAGGGCUGCAACCAGUAGCAUGGAUCCUAACUUACAUUGGGGUUAAGCAACCUUUCCUGAUGGGGCCUGUCAAAGCUCUCAUAGCCCAGACAAUCUAGUGUGACUCAUUAUCUCUGUGCAAUCCGGGAGAAAAAAUAUAUAUAUAUAAAUGAGAAUAUUUGGAUUUGGUUUGGGGGGUAGGCGGUGCCCUAAGCCAAGUUUGGAACAUACAACAAAUUAGGUGUUGAGGCUUCUCUGCAAGGGGAGCCAGUGAGAGUAGUCAGGAAGGGGCAAGAUUCGUAGCUGACAGACAGAGCUCGAUCUUGCCAAAUGGUUCAUGUGUUACUUCCAAAUCUGCAUUUCCUCUAAGCUUCUCCCACUAAAAAUAAUCAUCAUACCCUCGGAGCAGAUAAACCUGAACGUUUUGGAGCAGGGGCCAGUGGAUACAGAGCUGAGAUACACCAAGAGGAAGGUGAGUGGAGCUCUCGGGAGGGACAAAACGGAAUUUCUGUCUUCAGUUCUCUUGAGGGAUGUUGUGCUUCAUGGAUGUUUAAACAAGGUAAUCUUCAUGCGAUUUCUUAAUAUAUAAACUCAUGUAAAAUAUGACCUGCGACUACAGGUAGCAAAUGUGUGUGGCAUGUAAUUAGUGUACAGGUGCAAAUGGAUUCACACUCUGUCCUAAUCUGCCUUGUAAGUCAAAUAAAAACCUGUCCUUAC